UCUACCUCAACUUACAAGCUUUUGUUCGCAAGGCCAAGAGAAGGGGUGUUCUGCAUCCCAAAGAAAGCAAAAGGAAGCAGCAGUUGGUACAAGCUCUAAAGAAAUUGUAUGCGAGGACGAGAUUGAAGCUCCGUUGCCACUUUUCAGCAAAAAGAUUGGAUUCCCUAAUUUGGAAGAUAUCAAAUUGUCUGGGAUUAAUGUGAAAAUGAUAUGGCCUAAUCAACAUAUAGAAUCAUCUCUAUAUAUUGAAAAAUUAACGACCUUGAUUGUGGAUGGCUGUGGGAAUCUAAACUAUCUAUUCACAUCCUCUAUUGUUGGAAGUCUCGCACAACUGAAAACACUUGAGAUAUGUGAGUGCAAAUCCAUGGAAGAAGUAAUAAUUGCAGAAGGAGAAGGUGAAAUGAUGAGCAAAAUGCUAUUCCCUAAACUACACUCGCUGAAGCUCAAAGGUCUUCCCAGAAUUGUAAGAUUUUGCACAGCUAACUUAAUUGAAUGUCCCUCCUUGAAAGUGCUGCGGGCAGAUAACUGCCCUCAUCUACAUGCUUUUCUCUCUACUUGCACAAGCAAAAUGGAUUGCACAAGCCAUUUUCAAUAGCUCUAGGUCUACCACAUCUUGAAUUGCUUAGCAUAAAUGGAUGUGGGAUGGAGGAAGUCGUCGCUAAGGAGGAAAGAGUAGAAGCGAUUACCAUUAAUCCCAAGUUUGUGUUUCGUGGACUAAAGACCUUGGUCCUUCGUCAAUUAGAAGAAUUGAGGUGUUUUUAUUCAGAAAAGCACAGUUUAGAAUGUACACAGCUAAAAACUUUACGUGUGUAUGGCUGUAAAAAAUUGAAAACUUUCAAUUCAGAAUCUCAAGAAAUACUUAUGGAUGGGCAAGAGAGCCAAUUGAAGAUUCAAGUUCCGCAACCCCUUUUCGCAUUUAGAGAGAUUGUUGGCAAUUUGGAGCAAUUAGCGCUAAACAACGAGGACAUUGCAAUGAUACAGCAAAGCCACUUUCCAAUAGAUCUCUUUUUCAAACUAAAAAUUCUUCUUUUGCAAAGCUUUUAUGAUGCUUCGGUGAAUUUGCCCUUUAAUAUUCUUCAAAAAUUCCCAAAUUUGGAAAAGCUUGUUUUAAGCGACUGUUAUUUCAGGGAGUUACUCCCACAUGGUGUUGUUGGUGAGGAUGCAGGGGUUCUCUUGCAGUCACAGAUACGAUUCUUAAAGUUGGAUUUCCUUCGUAAUAUAAGGCAUAUAUGGAAUCAAGAUUGCCAACCUGUCCCAUUUCUUCAAAAUCUUGAAACCCUUGAAAUAUGGAGUUGCGAUGGUUUGACUAAUUUGGCACCAUCCUCUGCAACUUUCAAAAAUCUUACGAUUCUGAUUGUGUGGAAAUGUCAAGGAUUGUUGAGCUUAAUAUCAUCUUCUACUGCUAAAAGUAUGGGCAAUCUCACCACAAUGAUCGUAAGAGAAAGCCAUAAGGUGGAAGAAAUUGUGUCAAACGACAGAAAUGAUUCCCAAUCCCAAAGUGAGAUUGUUUUAUGGAAAUUAAGAACUUUGAAACUUCUCUGCUUAAAAAGCCUCUCAAGCUUUUGCUCAUCAGCGAAUUGCACGUUAAAAUUUCCGUCUUUGGAAGAAGUAAUUGUGACACAGUGCCCCAAAAUGAAGAUUUUUUCUCAAGGAGCCAUAAGCGCACCAAAGUUAAAGAGAGUAAAUUUGACAGAAGAAAGAGAUAAAUGGCGUUGGAUUGGAAACCUUAAUUCCACUAUAAUACAAUUGUAUACAGAAAAGGUUGGAUUCAGUGGCCUACAACAUUUGGAACUCUCUCAAUUUCCUGAACUAAAAGCGGUAUGGCAAGAUAAACUUCCAUUCAACUUCUUCCACAAUUUGAGUAGGCUGGUUGUAGACGAAUGUAUGUUUCCCUCUAGUUCUGUUCCCUCUGGUCUGCUACCCAUUUUGAAUAAUCUGGAUAAGCUUGAGGUAAGAAAUUGUGAUUUUAUGAAAGAAGUUUUUGGCACGGAAUGGGAAAAUGCCAACAGUGUUGUUGGGCAUUUGUCCAAGUUAAAUGAGUUGGACCUGAUAAAUCUUCCAAUGUUGAGGCGUCUCUGGAUUGAAGUUCCUAACGGAAUUUUAGAUCUCAGAAACCUUAAACUGCUCAAAAUCCACAAUUGUAGCAGCUUGAGAAACAUAUUUACUCCGACCAUCUGUUCUAGAUUGGAGCAACUCCAAGUGCUUGAAGUGAAAAGUUGUGCCAUGGUUAAAGCAAUCAUCACAGAAGGCGUAGCGAAGGAAGAAUCUAUGGAGGAGAUCAUAUUUCCUCUACUGAACUCCAUUACUCUCGAGUCCUCGCCCAACUUAAUCAAUUUCAAAUCUGGAAGUGGUACUGUUGAUGUGGCCCAACCGCAAGAGGUGUGGGUUGUGCGGCUCUUUGGGGUGUCUGUGCGCAUUGAGGGUGGGGUAGGUUCAGUAGAAUGCUGUGGGACUGAUGGGACAGGUUGGGCUUCUGGUUGUGCAAUGGGUUCAGUUUUUGUUGCUGGUUGUGCAAUGUCAGAAUGUGGCAGGUUGAAUCCUGUUUUGGAUAGGGUCAUGUAUUUGAGAGGUUUUGAUCCGCCACAGAAAAGUCCGAGGGGCCAGGGUAAUUUUGAUACCUGGGAUGCUAUUGAUGUUUGCUUUUUACUGGAAGAGGGUGUGGAGGCUGAAGUGGCUGUGGAAGGUGGUGGGGGUGUCUCUUAUGGAGGGGAAUUGGGGUUGGGAGGUCGCAUUGACAAUGGCGAAACUUGGAGAGGAGAAGUUUAA